GGAGACUGAGUUCAAUCACUAACGGCCAAUGAUUUAAGCAAUCGUGCCUAAGUAAUGAAGCCUCCACAAAAACUCAAAAGAACGGAGUUCAGAGAGCUUCCGGGUUGGUGAACACAUGGACACACUGGAAGAGCGACUCGCGGUCACCUCACGCACCGCCACAGGAGGUCGCUCGCGUCCCCGCCCGCCCGACGCGCAGCCGCGUCACUACACGGGGCGGAAACGGGCCGCAGGGCCUCCUGGGAGAUGUAGUCUGGGGCCUGGAAAGGCGCCGCGCAAAGGACUCUGGGGCUGUUCGUUCAGAGAAGGCGCAAGCGGUAUCCCACCCCUGGCCUGGAGAAACAUCCCUUCGCCCCUCUCCUGGGUCCAUUCGUGUCCGGGCCGGACAGAUCGGAGCCAGCGCGGGCCGGGAUCCCUCAACCUCACGAUUCGGGCGUGGCCGUCCUGAACGGCGCCACGUCCCGGAGGCUUCUGCACUGUGUGAGAAUUCUUACUUCGGCCCUCUUAGUGUCAGGCUUCCUUGGUGAUGCGUGGUGUAUACUGAAUUAAAAAGGAAAAGGAAGGCAAGAAAUAACCGUGUGCCUAUUCCUGAAGAUCUCUCAUGUAAACUUUUAACAGCGAAGGGUGAAGCAGGUUUUGUUUACCCCAUUGCACAGCAGUGCUGAGUUCUUGGAGAAAAUUAUUUUGUGGACAAGAAUCGUGCUCCUUCAACUUGGGGUGUGUGCCAAGGGCAAACAGCCAUGAGAAACCACAGGAUGGAUGCGUUGCCACUUCCUGGAGCAAUCCAUUUUACUUGAGGAAUCAGAAGGGAAGAAUCCGCCCCACCUUCUCAGCACUCUGCCCCUCUCCAAAUUGAAACCCUCAAGGGGGAGGAAAGGAUGCCUGCUGCACGCGGGAAAUCCAAGUCCAAGAAUCCUGGCACCAUGUAUCUCCCGUGUUUGGAAGUCCAACGUUUUCUCAGCCAUGUGGAAGCACAAGCCCACGGUGAAAGGACAUGUGAUUUUCCAUUUCAGGCACCAGUCACAUUUGGGGAUUUGGCCAUCUACUUCUCCCAGGAGGAGUGGGAAUGGCUGAGCCCCAUUCAGAAGGAUCUGUAUGAAGAUGUCAUGUUGGAAAACUACCGGAACUUGGUUUCUCUCGGACUUUCCUUUCGGAGGCCAAAUGUGAUCACCUUAUUGGAAAAAGGGAAAGCACCCUGGAUGGUGGAGCCAGUGAAAAGACGCCGGGGCUUGGACUUAGGGUCUAAAUGUGAGACCAAGAAGUUAUCUCCAUAUCAGUGCAACAAAUCUGGGCAAAGCAUCUAUCAGAAAGCAGUUUCUGCACCACAAAAAGUUCCCACAGGAAAGAGAGGCUGCAAGAAAAAUUCAGUCCUAAUAAAACCCAAGAAAGUGCAUUCAAAGAAGAAAUCUCUAAAAUGUAACGACUGUGGGAAAUUCUUUAGUCAAAGCUUAUCUCUUAAACUUCAUCAGAACUCUCAUACUGGAGAGAAGCCUUAUGAAUGCAGCAAUUGUAGAAAAGCUUUCAGACAGAUCUCAUCCCUUAUUCUUCAUCAGAAAAUUCACAAUGGAAGGAAAAGCUAUGAAUGUGAUAAAUGUGGGGAAAGCUUCAUUCAAAGAACAACCCUUAUUUUACAUGGGAGAAGUCAUGAUGAAAAGGAAAUCUUUGACUGUGGGAAGGCCUUGAGUCAAUGCCAAUCUCUGAGUAUACAUCAGAAAAUCCACCUUGUCCAAAAUGUCUACCAGUGCAGAAAAUGUGAAAAAGCCUUCAUUCGAAUGUCAUCUUUUUUACUUCAUAAGAAAAUUCACAAUGGAAAGAAAAUACAUAAAUGCAAUGAAUGUGGGAGAGGCUUCAGUAAGAAAUCAGUCCUUGUUCUACAUAAAAAAAUUCAUACUGGAGAGAAAACCCAUGAAAGUGAGAAGGCCUUAAAUCAGAGUUUACAGCAGAGAAGUCACCAUAUAGAGAAUCCUUAUAAAUGCAGAAAAUGUGGGAAAUCCUUUAAUAGGAUUUCAUCCAUUAUGCUUCAUCAGAGAAUUCACGCUUCAAAGAAACCCUACAAAUGUGAUAAAUGUGAGAAGAUCUUCAUGCGGCUUUCAACCCUUACUCUGCAUGUAAGAAUUCAUAAUAGAGAAAAACUGUACAGAUGUAAUAAAUGUGAGAAGGUCUGCAACCGGCAUUCAUCCCUUAUUCAACAUCAGAAAAUUCAUACAAAGAAAAAGAAACUGUUUGAAUGUAAGGAAUGUGGGAAGAUGUUUUCUGGAAUUGCCAACCUUAAAAUACAUCAAAACAUUCAUUCUGAAGAGAAACCUUUCAAAUGCAAUAAAUGUAGUAAAGUUUUUGGCCGCCAGUCAUUUCUUAUUGAACAUCAGAGAAUCCAUACUGGAGAAAAACCCUAUCAGUGUGAGGAAUGUGGGAAAGCCUUCAGUCACCGAAUAUCUCUUACUCGACAUAAGAGAAUUCAUACUGAAGAUAGACCCUAUGAAUGUGAUCAGUGUGGGAAGGCCUUCAGUCAGAGUGCACACCUCGCCCAACAUGAAAGAAUUCACACUGGAGAGAAACCAUAUACAUGCAAAACGUGUGGGAAGGCCUUUAGCCAACGCACAUCCCUUAUUCUACAUGAAAGAAGUCAUACUGGAGAGAAACCCUAUGAAUGUAACGAAUGUGGGAAGGCAUUUAGCAGUGGCUCAGAUCUUAUUCGGCAUCAGAGAAGUCAUUCUUCAGAGAAACCCUAUGAGUGUAGUAAAUGUGGGAAGGCAUAUAGUCGGAGCUCAUCCUUGAUUCGACAUCAGAAUACACAUUCUGAGGAAAAGGCUUAAGAUUGUUUUAAAUAUGUAAAAGCUAAGAGGGAGGCUAGCAAAGUAGCAGAGACACAGGCAUGGGAAAAUGCAUUUGUCUGUAACAUAAAUUGUGUAAAAAUGGGACAGUUUGAUGAUGUGUCCCACUUUGAAACCCAAAGAGCAAAAGUCAUUGGUGAUUUUGACCUGAGUAUUUGAAAUCAACUGAGGCAGUGACUUUAUCAUAGGUCUUUGUUUCAAAAUAGCAAGCUCAGAUGAUAGGAUCAGUCAUUUUUAAUGAAGAGCAUUCUUCAUUUGAUAAAAAUAACUGGUACUUUAUUUCCAAUGUAAUUUUAAAGCUAUUUCAUUGGUUAUGUACAACAAAGUGAAUUGUAAAUCCAUUUUUCUGGAUGGAGCUGUGAGCCUGAUUUAAGGUCACAUGAAGAAAGAGUUUGAGUUUGUCCCUUAGAACUAGAAGUAUCACACAGAAGGGAUUUCCUCAUAAACCAGGGUGCCAUUUUCAGCUGGCAGAAACUUCUGGUUGAGAAUAAAGAAGAUUGAGUAAAGAUAGCACUCACAAUUGUGUGGAGCAAUAGAGUCAUUACCAUACUGUCUCUAUGGAUAUGAAGACGUAUGAUCUUAAUGGUGUGAAAAAUCUAACAAGCCUGGGACAAGCUAAUGAAAAAAAAAACAGGAUGUAUUGAAGAAUGAGGAACUUCAGAACAAGGAGAAAUCAUUUGUUACUGUUUUGUUUGAAAACGAAUUUAUAUUUAUAUGAGUAACAUUGGUAUUUUCCUGUGAAAACACUGGUGUACAACAAGUGAUUGGUGGAGAAUGGGAUGUCAUGGUCUGAAUGUGUCCUCCCAAAAUUCGUUUGUUAAAACCCUAACCCCCAAUGUGAUUGUAUUUGGAAUUGAGGCCUUUGGGAGAUAAUAAGGGUUAGAUGAGGCCAUGAGGGUGGGGCCCUCAUAAUAGGAUUAGUGUUUUUAAAGAAGAGACACCAGAGACCUCUGCCAUGUGACGACACAGCAAGAAGGUGGCUAUCUGCAAGCCGAGAAACUAGCCCUCACCAGUAUCCAACCUUGUGGCAUCCUGAUCUCAGACUUUCAGCCUCCAAAACUGUGAGAAAUAAAUUUUGUUUACAUCACCCAGUCUAUGGUAUUUUGUUAUGGCAACCUAAACUGACUAAUACAUGGGAAAAACCCUGCAUUUAUGUGCCAGGCUCUUUCAUGUCAGCUGUUCACCAUAUAUAUAAUAGUUUUCAGUGCUUCUUUCCAGUUUGUGCAAAAUGUGUAAGAAAUA